AUGCGAAGACGCGAAUUCCUCGGGGGAGAAGAUGUCGGAACACACGCCCUUCGCAAGCCUAUCCGAGAUAUCGGUCAGAUGAUCGCGCUCACCAGCCUCGGCCUCGAACAUCUUGCAGCAUCCUACAUCGCAGACGCCAGCCACUUCUUCGAUAUCCGUCUCGACUGGGCGUGGCCGAACCUGAAAUCGCUUGCUCUCACUGCAAAAGUACUCACGCCUCAUGAAGACUCAAACGAGAUUGAAGCCCUACUACUGGCAGCGGCGGCAGCAGCUAAGAAUAUGCUCCAAUUAGAAACACUGGAGAUUUGGAACGGGCGAAAGGGGUUGGCAGGGCUACUCAGGUAUCAAGCUUUCCGUCCCAAGCGGGAAGCUGUUCAUCUUUGGAGAGGCACGUGGAAGUUGGCCAUGGACUCAUCCGUAAUCCACGCCUGGGACACUGUAACGCAUCAGUAUGAUAUUUUGAGACUCAGGGUAUCUGAGGAGAAGCUGGAUGAAGCUGAUAUCAAGUCUCACGGGGAUGCAAUCCAGCACUUGAGGCUUUCGAGCCGGGUCAUUCGGCCUGUCUCGUUGCAGCAGAUCCAGAUAGAACAGAAAGCCUUGGAAGGCGUAGCCACAGUUGAGUGGGAGCAGAAAUAUGAGUUACAAAAAAACUACUUGGCCCUUAAACAGUGGCGAGUAAUGGGAGGCAGCGAAACUUAA